CCGGCUGCCUGCGCCGCUCGGCGGGGCCGGGCCUGGGCGGGGCCGGACGUGAGCGCAUUUCCGCGGGCUGCAGAGCGCCACUAUGGCGGCAAAAAGUCCUGGUGAUGGUACUCCAAGAAGACCUGUUUUACCUGUUAGUGCAAGAAAAAUUAAAGAUAAUGCAGCAGACUGGCAUAAUUUAAUGAUGAAAUGGGAGAGACUGAAUGAUAAUGGGUUUACUACAGCAAACAAAAUAGUCAACAUGAAGAUUAGUGAGCAAUUUCAAGACAACAAAAUGGAGAUAGCAUGUGAUAACAAUGCCACUCGAUCUGAAAAGCCAGCUCCAAAAUAUAAUGAAGAACUGGACAGUUGCUGUGAAGAAUUACUUGAGACCUUAAAGCAUAUGACAAAAAUACAACUGAAAAUGGAAAAGCUUACUUCAACUGCAAAAGCAAUCUGUGACUUGGAAGCAUUCCACCAUAGAGCUGGGAAUUGCACAGCACCCUUCUUUCAUACAUGGCCCACACCAUACUUCUAUGAGGUUUCUCUGAAGCUCUCUGAAAUGUACAGGAAGGAGCUACAACUCAAGCAAACAAUUGUACAAGAACUUGCUCAUUCUGCUGACCAGGAUCUGAUGAUGGUCUAUUUAUCAUCAUGGUUAUACCAGCCUUACAUUGAAAAUAGCAGCCAACUACUACUUGAAGCCAUGCUGCUAGAAACAGGACACAGACAGUGCUAGAAUUCCAAAUGCUACAUGGCUUCUUGUAAUGAUGCAUACAUGAAGCUGAAGUGGCAGACUGCAAAGCUUACCAAGUAAACUGAGUUUUUGUAAAAUUUAUUAAAAAUAUUUCUAUUUGUAAUUAU